GGCACAAGCCGUUUCCGGAAGCUACACCAACAUCACCCCGCCCCUUCCGCCCGCUCGCUAUAUAAGACUAUUACGUAACUUCCGCUUUCUUUUCCACAGGAGGCCUGCACGCCGCUGCCGCCAUGUCUCUAGUGAUUCCUGAGAAGUUCCAGCACAUUUUGCGAGUACUCAACACCAAUAUCGAUGGGCGGCGGAAAAUAGCCUUUGCCAUCACUGCAAUUAAGGGUGUAGGGCGAAGAUAUGCUCACGUGGUGUUGAGGAAAGCAGACAUCGACCUCACCAAGCGGGCAGGAGAGCUCACAGAGGACGAGGUGGAACGUGUGAUCACCAUUAUGCAGAACCCACGCCAGUACAAGAUUCCAGACUGGUUCUUGAACAGACAGAAGGAUGUGAAGGACGGGAAAUACAGCCAGGUCCUGGCCAAUGGUCUGGACAACAAGCUUCGUGAAGACCUGGAGCGGCUGAAGAAAAUUCGGGCCCACAGAGGGCUGCGCCACUUCUGGGGUCUUCGUGUUCGAGGCCAGCACACCAAGACCACAGGCCGCCGGGGUCGCACUGUGGGUGUGUCCAAGAAGAAAUAAGUCUGUAGGCCUCGUCUGUUAAUAAAUAGUUUAUACACCUA